CUGCACGAAACGAAAACAUUGCACUGGAGACAAAGAAAAAAUUAUUUUCUAUUUUGUGUACAUAUGUCGCGUCACACACAAGAUAUUCCAAUCAGACCACGUUAUGGCAUAGAUGAAUUAGUGGAAAACGAGAGUGCAUCAGCUGUGCCUAUAAAAACAAGAAAAACCUCAACAUCGGAGAAAAUGGCAUCAUCCUAUUCUGAAAUACCUUUUCUAGCACAAUAUCCUGGUGCGGUACCUGAUUACGCUUUAAAUGAUGUAACACCAACAGAAACUAAAAAUGUUAUGGAUAGAGAGGAAAGUAUAGAAGAUGAAUCUGGAGAUGAUGAUGAUAAUUCUAAGGGCAGCAGUUGUGGUGAUAACAAUAAAAACCCAAAACGACCUAAUUCCUUGCAGUGUGAUUCAUCCGUUCCUUAUGAACUCGAGAGCUCAACUAGUACAGAGGAAAAAAUGCGGCACUUCGUUGCAGAUGAUUUAGAAGAAAAGCUACGUAUUUCUAGUCCAACAAAUAAAGAUCAAUAUGGUUUCACAUCUUCACGUAAUAGUACACCCUCAGCCAGUGGCCCAUUAACACGACAUUACCUGCAAACGCAGGUGCCACAAAUUGAUGCUAAUGUCCUCAAUGACAUUGAAAUUGAAGCACAGUACUUGGCUGCUUCUGUUGAUAAUUUAACAGAAAAUCUUUGCAACUUGUUGCAUUCAAUUUCGGCAAUAACUGCUGACAACAUAGAUGUGCAUAAAAAUGCUGUGAAUAAAUUAACUGAUAGCAUGGAUGCAAAUAUUAAAUGCAUGUAUACGAUUAUGGCAAAAACUGAAGAAAUAACAAAAUCCAUGAAGCCAACAGAGCAAUUGGGUCAACGCAUACGGGAAAUUAAGCGCCUCGUUGAUAUGCUGGACAAUAUUAUGUAGGACGAUAUAUUGUGUGUGCUAUUGUAGCUUGGGGUAGAAACUACA